AACUGGCCCUAAGGUGCCUCGACGCACAACACCGGGCCCGACGAGCGCAGGACCCGGCUCCCCGUCGCUUAAACUGAACUGCGGAAAGCCCGCCAUGGGUCACUAUCGCAUCCGCGUGGCCACCGGGGCCUGGCUCUUCUCCGGGUCGCACAACCGCGUGCAGCUGUGGCUGGUCGGGGUGCUCGGGGAGGCUGAGCUGGAGCUGCAGCUGCGGCCCACGCGAGGCCAGGAGGAAGAGUUUGAGCUCGAGGUUCCCGAGGACUUGGGGCCUCUGCAGUUCGUGAAGUUGCGCAAACACCACUCCCUGGUGGACAACGCGUGGUUCUGCGACCGCAUCACAGUGCAGGGCCCCGGAGCCUGCCCCGAGGCUGCCUUCCCGUGCUACUGCUGGGUGCAGGGCGAGGGCGUGUUGAGCCUGCCCGAGGGCACCGCCCGCCUGGCAGGAGACAAUGCCCUGGAUAUGUUCCAGAAGCAUCGAGAGAAGGAACUGAAGGAAAGGCGACAGACAUACUGUUGGGCCACCUGGAAGGAAGGGUUACCCCUGAAAAUAGCUGCAGGCUGUGAGAAUGAUCUACCUCUAAAUGUGAGAUUCCAUGAGGAGAAGAAGCUGGACUUUGAAUGGUCACUGAAGGCAAGGGCAAUGGAGACGGUCCUCAAGCAUGUUUAUACCCUCCUGAGCUCCUGGAACCACCCUGAGGAUUUUCAUCAGAUCUUCUGGGGUCAGAAGAGCACCCUGGCUGAGAAGGUUCACCAGUGCUGGCGGGAUGAUGAGCUUUUUGGCUACCAGUUCCUCAAUGGCGCCAACCCCAUGCUGUUGAGACGCUCCACCUCUCUGCCCUGCCGGCUAGUGCUGCCCAUGGGGAUGGAGGAGCUUCGGGCCCAGUUGGAGAAAGAACUCCAGAAUGGUUCCCUGUUUGAAGCUGACUUUAUCCUACUGGAUGGAAUUCCAGCCAAUGUGAUCAGAGGAAAGCAGCAGUACCUGGCUGCCCCCCUCGUCAUGCUGAAGAUGGAACCGAGUGGGAAGUUGCUACCCAUGGUCAUCCAGAUCCAGCCUCCCAACCCCAGCUUCCCCACCCCACCACUGUUCCUGCCCUCAGAUCCUCCACUUGCCUGGCUCCUGGCAAAGUCUUGGGUCCGAAAUUCAGAUUUCCAACUGCACCAGCUCCAAUACCAUCUGCUGAACACUCAUCUAGUGGCUGAAGUUGUCGCUGUCGCCACCAUGAGGUGCCUUCCGGGACUGCAUCCUGUCUUUAAGCUCCUGAUCCCACAUACCCGCUACACCAUGGAGAUCAACACGCGGGCACGGACCCAACUCAUCUCAGAUGGAGGGAUAUUUGAUAAGGGAGUGAACACAGGUGGAGGGGGCCAUGUGCAGUUGCUCCGCCGGGCCAUGGCUCACCUGACCUACUGCUCCCUCUGUCCUCCUGACGAUCUGGCUGACCGGGGCCUGCUGGGACUCCCGAGUGCCCUCUAUGCUCACGAUGCUUUGAGGCUCUGGGAGAUCAUUGCCCGGUAUGUGGAAGGGAUUAUCCAGCUCUUCUACCAUGGGGAUGACGUCGUGAGAGGGGACCCUGAGCUGCAGGCCUGGUGUCGGGAGAUCACUGAGGUGGGGCUGUGCCAGGCCCAGGACCGAGGUUUCCCUGUCUCCUUCCAGUCUCAGAAUCAACUCUGCCAUUUCCUCACCAUGUGUGUCUUCACGUGCACUGCCCAGCAUGGGGCCAUCAACCAGGGCCAGCUGGACUGGUAUGCCUGGGUCCCCAAUGCCCCAUGCACAAUGCGGAUGCCCCCACCCACCACCAAGGAGGAUGUGACAAUGGCCACAGUGAUGGGCUCACUACCGGAUGUCCAACAGGCCUGUCUUCAAAUGACCAUCACAUGGCAUCUGGGUCGACGCCAGCCAGAUAUGGUGCCUCUGGGGCAUCACAAAGAAAAGUAUUUCUCCGAUCCCAAGGCCAAGGCUGUACUAAACCAAUUCCAAACAGAUCUGGAAACCUUAGAAAGGGAAAUUACAGCUCGGAAUGAGCAACGUGACCUACCCUAUGAGUACUUGAAGCCAAGCCACAUAGAGAACAGCAUCACUAUCUGAGCUCUAUGGUACCCCCACCUGGAAAACUUCAGAUCAGCUCUAGGACUGACAUUUCCAUCUUGAAUUUCAUGGUUUCCUAAGUCUCUGCUGCUACCGUGUUUCCCAAAAAAUAAGACCUAACCGGAAAAUAAGCCCUAGCAUGAUUUUUCAGGAUGACAUCCCCUGAAUAUAAGCCCUAAUGAGUCUUUCACAGCAAGAAUUAGUAUAAGACCCAGUCUUAUUUUCAGGGAAACAUGGUAGUGCUCUAUUUCCUCCCCCAACUAAAUCUCCUACAUCAGUAUCCCACUAGCCCAGGGCGGCAGCAAACCUUUUCUGUAAAAGGCCAGAUAAUAAAAAUUUUAGGCUUUGUAGGCCACAUCAUCUGUGUCACAACUACUCAACUCCCAUUGUAGUGAAAA